UCCUGCUUCAGUUGAGCGAACAGGUGAUGGACGGACUUACUCCCAAGUAUUAGCCUCUGCUUUUCCCUUUUUCUCUUUCUCCAGAGUGCCUACGAGGCGAGGAAACCCCCUUAAACCCGAGUUUCUGGUGGAAUUAUGUGAAGGAAACUCCCUGGGACAUCUUCCAGAGCCACCGACGCCCACCUUUUCCGAUGGCCAAGUUAGAGACCCUCUCGGUCCUGAGUGAUGCCAGCUACCACAGCCAGGAGACCUUCCACGCCUUCCACCCGAGGACCUCCGAGUGCUCCUCGCAGAGCAGCGUGGGCAGCGGCCUCGCUCACGAAAAGGACUUUGCCGGGAAGAGCCUGUUGGUCGCCAGGCCUCAGAACCCCAGCCAGCAGCUGGACGGGACGCGGAGUAGCUACUCCCUCGCCCCGCGCCACGCCGGGGAGGAGAAGGCGGCCUCCAGUUCCGUCUACAUCAAUGGGGACGCGCACAAGAGCGAGGUCGGUGGGAGUGUGGCGGCCAACAACGAGAAGAACCUGCCUCCACCGCUACCCCAGUACAGAGAAGCCAAUAAGCCACCAAAGAUAUUGCCAGUCUCUGGGAAACUGGACCAGUUUCAGAAUACUGAGCCCUUAGUUAGACCUUCAGCCUUUAAGCCAGUUGUUCCUAAAAACUUCCAUUCCAUGCAAAACCUGUGUCCACCGCAGAACAACGGCGUCGCCACCGAGAACCGCAAGACUUUAAACCACACGCACAGCAAUAGUCCUGCCCCGGUCAAAAGCGGCCUGGAGAAGGCCAGCCUUAACAGGACUACCAACCCAGGAGUCGGCCUCUCCGAUUCUGGCCGCAACUCUUUAACCAGCUUGCCCACCUACGGCACGGGCUACAGCCAGCACGUGGGCCCCAUGAGCGCCUCCACCAGUCACAUCAACCGUAUCGGGACCACCUACGGCGAGAAGAACGUUGUGGGAUACAACGGGAUAUCUACCUCAGAUAGCGGCCGAUCUUCCACCAAGAGCACCUCUUCCUUCAGCCGACUCAACCAUCUCAACGAAACGAUGCCUUUCCACUCGCCUUCCACGGACGACAUCAUCCAAGACUUGGAAAACCGGCUGUGGGAGAAGGAACAGGAGGUCCUCCAGAUGAGGAGGAACCUGGACAAGAGCGAGGCGGCCAUCUACCAAGUCUUCGAGGAAAAGCAAAAGAUUUGGGAACGGGAGAUGGACGAGCUGAGACAGAACUAUGCCAACAAACUCCAGCAAGUCUCCAAGAAAACCCAGCGAGCUCAACAAGCGCUCCAGCUCCAGAUCUUCAAGCUCCAGCAGGAGAAGAAGAAGCUCCAAGACGACGUGGCUCAACUCCUUCAACAACGAGAAGAGCUGGAGAAGAAAUUUGUGGCUUUCAAAAAGGAACAGGCGGAGUUUCUUCCCAAGAUUGAAGAGACCAAAUGGGAGGUGUGCCAAAAGGCAGGUGAGAUCUCCCUGCUGAAGCAACAGCUGAAGGAUUCCCAGGCUGACGUCUCCCAAAAGCUGAACGAGAUUGUUGGGCUGCGUACCCAACUCAAGGAAGGCAAGAGCUUCCUCCGAGAGAAGGAAGAGCAGAUCUUGACGCUGAAAGACUCCUACGGCACCAAAAGCGUCAGCCUAGACUUCUGCGAGAACGAGCUGCAGCUCAAGAUGGCGGAGGUCCAGAUGCUGCGGGAGAAGCUCAGCCAGUGCGAGCUGGAAGUCUCCGGCUUGAAGCAGACCUUGGCUCACCUGGGGGGACCCCCGAACCACGUCCCGUCGGAGCUCCCCGAGAAGCUGGCGCGGGACCCCUUGGCCUGCGAGAGCGACGAGGCCAAGAUGAAACGGCAGAGCGAGGAGAGCCUUCACGCCCUGAAGAGGGAGGUGGAGAGGCUCCAGGCCGAGUUGAACGCCGAGCGCCAGUCGCGGCAGCAGCAGGUGCUGGACUUCGAGGAGGAACGUUGCACGUGGCAGGAGGAGAAGGAGAAAGUCAUCAAGUACCAGAAGCAACUGCAGUUGAACUAUGUAGAGAUGUAUCAGAAGAACCAACUCCUGGAGCACAAGCUGAACGAGAUGGCCAACAAGGCCACCAGCCUCUCCCACGCGGAGGAGAAAAAAACGUGGACUCCAUCCAGACUGGAAAGGAUAGAGUCCACGGAAAUCUAAGGGAAGAACCACAAGGCAUUUUUUGAGUACAAUUUUUUCUUUCUUUCUUUCUAAUUAUGGUGCCUGGAGAUCUUCCCAAGUAGAAUACCUGACGUAACCAGCAGCAUAAAUCUUUGCACUUGGCCCCUCAAAAUACACUUUGGUGCUCUACAAAUUAACUUUUUACGGGGUGGGGGUGAGGGGUGGGGAAAGCCACAGGUGUACUUUUGUGUUCCGGGGAUGAUUUUUGACAUCAGGAGUUCUUGUGCGUUGUUGUGUUGGGCUUUGAGUUGACGCGGUUUCUGUUAUGACUCCGUUAGACGAUGCACUUCUCAAAUUCUUCAUAUGGCGUGUUUAGCUCCGUGGGGUCCUGGUUGUUCUCUGAGCUUGGUUGUUUCCUUGCAGACGUUUCGUGACCCAACUAGGGAACAUCAGUGCUUUGUAGGAUAAACAGGCAUGAGGAAAACUCCUACAUGUGGACAGCUCAAACUAUCGUUGGGAAAGUGUGAUCAUCCUAGACCAAGUUAAGCCCAUAAAUGCUAGAGAAUUCCUUGAAGCUGGGCACUCAGACGAAUCAGCCAUCAACAGACACAUAGGGAUAAAGAACAUUUACAUGCCAUUCAAAAGAGACAAUCAAAAAGCCCAAAGGGAAACCAAAACACGCCCUCACCGGCAAACAUCACCCAGAUAAAGCAGAGAUUAAAACCCAAGAUUAAUACCAGACAAACCAUCAAGAAGCAAACAAUGUACCCCAGUCAAGGAAGUAACAAUUCGGACAAACAAACUAGCAAUAAACGACAGCCUAAUCAAGGAACUACCUAGAAUACUUCCACUAAAUACUAACUUGUAUAUAAACAGAGAGUAAACCCCACUCCUUUCUAGCAUUGAUGAUGUUACCUAGCUGGGUCAUAAAACGUCUGCAAGAAAACAGCCAAGCU